GACGCGGGCGGGCCAAUGGCGAGGCGGUGCGCUCGGGGCGGGGCGCGCGGCGAUCCGGCUGGAUCCUGUUGCGGCGCCGCUGGCGCUGCUGGGAUGGGGAGGGGGGCGGCUCCGCUGCGCAGCCGGGCUGGGGCGCGCAGGCGGCCGCAGCAGCGCUCGCAGCAGCCGCGCCACACGAGCAGCCGCAGCCGCGGGGGUCGCGGCCGGGAGCCUCGAGAUGCCCAAGAGGAAGGUGAAGGCGGGCGGCAGCGAGCGGGGACGGCCGGGAGCGUGUGGGGAGCGGGCUCGGCGGGAAGCGGCCGCGCCGCGGGCUCCGGUGCGGCGGGCGGCGCCUUCCCCUUGUGCCGCGUGGCUCGGCGGGCCGGGGAGGGGGCGCAGGGCGGGGGGCAGGCGGGGCUGCCCCGGCCCGCCCGCCCCUCACGCCCUUCUCUCUCUCUCUGUGUCUGUGUGUGUCUCCCCCCGCAGCCCAAGCGGCGAUCGGCGCGGCUCUCCGCGAAACCCGCGCCUGCCAAAGCAGAGCCGAAACCUAAAAAGUUACCGGCAAAGGACAAAUCUGAGGACAAGAAAGCUCCAUCAAAGGGGAAGAAGGGGCCUAAAGGAAAACAGACAGAAGAGACAAACCAAGAGCAGACAAAGGACAACCUGCCUGCAGAAAAUGGGGAAGCUAAAACUGAGGAGACCCCAGCACCUGAUGCAGCUGCAGAGAAAGAAGUGAAGUCUGAGUGACACCUGCUCCCACAUCUGUAACUGGUGGUCCUUAAAUCUUUCUUCUUGUACAAUUCAGAGGAAUAUUUUUAUCAACUAUUUUGUAAAUGCAAGUUUUUUAGUAGUUCUAGAAAACACGUUUUUAAAAAGGAGAGAAUCCCGACUCAACCCAUUUUUUUACAUAUUUAGAUAAGUGUAAAUGCUUUUUUUAAGUGGUAAAAUCAUGUACUGGUUGUCUGUUUUCUAUGAAACCAGAAAUUAACGGUGUGUUAAUUAAGGAGAGGGCAUUGAGGCCGUGAUUAGACCUCAUGUUCCACAGACUCCAAGGGACAGUUUUCUAUCCUAUAAAAUGAAGCAUAACACAGAUCAGACUUUGGAAUUCAUAAUGAUGUGUUGAGAAUGUCUUAACAUUUUAGUUAUUUAUCUUUCUCUAUGGUUGUACCAUCAGUAGAAUUGCUUAUCUAAUAAAACUGCUCCCUAGUGGUGGAUUUCUUGCUGAGUGAUGUAUAUCAGUGACAAAGUUAUUUUUGGUAGUUGCAGCUUUAUUUUUUUUCCAACAACUUUGUAGCUGUGAUGCAAAAGAUUGGAAACUUUUAUUUUAUAUCUUUAAAUACUGUCUUAAGUAAAAGUUUCUGCUUGGCAGAUGGAACUUGUUAUGUCAAUAUUUGAGAUACUGGAACUUCACAUCUAGUUUUCAAGGACAGCUUGUCUACAAAGAUGGAGUGAAAAAAUAUUUGAAAUAGUGCUAGGAAAAAAAAAAACAGAAUUAGUUUUUAGAUUAAAAAAAGCUCUGUGAAUAAAAACAAUUGUAAAAUUGUUGAUAGUGUUUGUGAUCACCAAACAAAAGCCAAAUAAAUCUUGAUUAUGAAAGGA